GGUUCAAAGUUCGAAAAAUUUCAGAUGUAAACAAAGCAAGAACUUUCGCAAUGAUUUUGAUGUUCAUAAGAAACACCAUAGACUGGUUUCAAGAAACAACAAAACAAAGUUUUUUCAAGUUAAAAAAUGCAGUAACAACAAUUAUCAUUGUGAUAUUUGUAUUUAUAAUUUUACUAUGGCUGUCAGUUUUCAUGUAUGGCAGUUUUUAUUAUUCUUAUAUGCCAACCGAAUCAUAUAUUCUUCCAGUUCAUCUCAACUUUAGGACAUGUGAUGUUGGAAUGGGUGCUUGUUCCUUUCCAUCAGCUAAUAUAUCCCUGUUAAAGUAUGGUCAAGAAAAUAUGUUUGUAACAGGCCAGUUGUACAGUAUUGUGUUAAAUUUAGAUUUACCAGAAUCUAAUAUAAAUAAAGAAUUAGGAAUGUUUAUAGUAAAGUUACAGUUGUAUAAUAAGAAAGGCGAGAGUUUGUCCUCGGCUACUAGAUCAGUAAGUACCAUGCUUCACUACAGAUCUGAGUUAUUACGAGUCCUGGAUACCUUUGUCUUCUCUCCUCUGUUAUUGUCAGGUUUUGUAGAACAGAAGCAGAUGUUGACGAUAGAAUUCUUCUCUAAUUAUGUGGAUGAUGCAUACAAUCCAGCUGUUGGUAUUAUAGUAGAAAUUCAGAAUCUACAUGUCCAGUUGUAUACAAUGGUACUUAAGAUGUAUGCUAAAUUUACAGGGCUGAGGUAUUUUCUUUAUCACUGGCCAAUGAUGUCUGCUCUGUUUGGAAUCUCCUGUAAUUUAGUUAUGUUGUUGUUUAUUGCCUUGUUGUCAUGGUAUCAGUGCUUGUCAACAAAAAAAUCUAACAGCAGUGAAUACAAUUCAUAUGAUGAUGAUUUUGAAUCAUUGGAAGAAAGAAGAAAAAGAAUACGGAAAAUGAUGGACAAAGAAAAAGAAGAUAAAAGACUUUCUACAUCCAAAAGUUUGCCCGAGUUUGGUGAAACAGAGACUUUAGGUGGAGAAACGACAGAAGAACUGUUACCUGAUAGUGAUAAUACUUCUGAUUCAUUCCUACGUCAUAGGCACAUAAAACAUUCGGAUCAAGAUCAGGAUUCAUAGUAUUUAGUUGUGUAUUUCCUGUCUUAUUACGUAACUUGUAUUUUUGAGAAAAGGAGAAAAUAUGUUGUAAUUAUACAUAAGGUUAGCUAAGAUAAAAAAAAUGCCAUAGCCAAAUAAGAUAUUAGCUCGAAUGAUAAAGUCCAUUUCAGUAAUUGACUCCAGCACUCGAAAGGGCCUUAUCAUAUACUGUAAAUUCAGAAAUUUAUGCGAGGUUUUCACUAUUGCGAAAAAUGCGACUGAGUUGUAAACUCAAUAAUUUAAACUCGCAUUUUGAAAUAUUUUAUAUAAAUUUAACAGGAUUUUUCUCAAAAUCGUAAAAAUCAAAAUCGCAUUUAAGUCUUAAAAUGAUAAAAUCGCAGUAAUAAAUGCAUACAUUAAUUUCUGAAUUUACAGUAUAUGGAAAAAUCAUGUUGUGAAAUGAGAUUUUUAAUGGCGAUCUCUGUCUGCAUAAAGUUUUAGAGAUAGGUAAAUACAGAGCCAAUGACAAAUGAUUGAUUGACACCUUAACCUUCUUUAAAUAUCUCUGUAAGAUGUCUUGCAGCAAAUCCUUUUUGUGAUAAGACUGUAGCUCAAAUCUAGAUACAUUUGACAAGAAGGAUGAAAAUAUUUGGCUCAGUGCAGUCGGUGGUGGUGGUUGAAAAUAAUCCUGAAUCCUUUUUUGGCCACAUGACUAUAAUAAACAUAAACAGUAGGCAAAAAAGCAGUAUUUUAUUUUAAGAUUUUUAUUCAACAUAUUUUCCCUUUUCAAAAGUGUAUGAGUAACAUUUAUGGUGUUCAAAAUUAAAGGCAUUUUACAUCAAGAAUGUGUUCUGUGAUAAGUUAUUUUCCCGGUAAAUUGUUAUAUUUUGAUUGAUGCUAAACCAUUGUUUUGUUGAUUGAUGUGUUUAUGUGUAUGUGUAGAUAAGAGCUUUUAUCAUUGUGCAUGUAUGUGUUGAAGUCUGAUUUAAUUAAUCAUUAAUGUAUCUUACUAUUUUCUUGCCAAAUGACAUUUCUGUAUUGUAAUUGUAGUUUAAAAAUACAUUAGUAGUAUUUAAUUCCAGUCUCCUUUAAGUAGGUACCAAACACAUUAAAUCAAAUUAAUUUGGCAAGUUUAAUAUUGAAAGUUUUUUGACAAAAUAUUUAAUUUCACCAUUUGACAAAAAUAUAAAAAUUUCAGUACCACAUAUAAUGUACUUUAUCGGCUAAAUUUCAUUGGAUAUACAGCAGUUUUACAAACACUUAUUUUGAUUAUUGAGAAGCUAAGUUUUUCCUUAAGAAUAGAACGUGAUUAAAACGUUCAGGUGAUUUUACAGCGUUUUCUCCAUGUCAUGUUAUGUACCACCUUAUUGGUUAAUUUUAUAAUAAAAUUUGAUUUACUGAAUUGUAAAGUUUCUGUCUGAAUGUGUUGAUAUUUUUUUUUUGUGUUCAUGUCAAAGCUUCAAAUUAGUUAAUGAUAUUCAUUUUCUGAUUAUUAUUGAUAGAUGCAUUAAUGUAAGAUUUCAUUUUACCACCUUUUAAGGGGUGAUAACUCACAAAUAAUUCUAUUUGUGAAUCACAUACUUAGGGUGCAUUUGUUGUGUUAUAACUGAUUUUUAAACCACACAAUAAAUCAUCAGUGACCAAACCUGACCUGAUACUAGUUUGAAUGCAACAAAUAUGCUCUGAGUGUUUUACACAUUGUGACUUGGAUGGACACUUAAUUCAUUGGCAUUCAUACUUCUUACAUCUAUCUAAGUGUUUUGUUAAUUAAUUUUCUGACAAUCAUGGUUCCAAACCAGAACUCCAUUCUUUUCUUAUUUGUAUAAAUCCACCAUUUUAUGUAUUUAUAGUGAUUUAUUUAAAUAAAGUGACAAUAAUUUCAUAUCAAGACAACAUUUCAUACCUUCAUUUUACAUAUUUUGAAAGCCAUGUGUAAAAAUUGAUCUGCAUGAAACAUGCCCUUUUAACUUUUUCUUCCUGUGUGUUCUCUUUUUGGUGUUUCUAUACCCAAUUCAGCUUAAAUUAAACAUAGAUUUAAGCAAAGAAGUAUGUUAGUUUUGAAAAGAUAUUUUUAGCUAUAUUUUAUGACUAUAUGCUUUUAUACACAGAAAUAUUUGUGUAAAUAAAUAGCAGGUACACUGUUCUUUAUUGUUCAGUAUUGUAUGCAGUUACUCAAACCAUUGUUUUAUUAUAUUUGUUUAUUGCAUCAUCUGCUUAAAUGAACAAAUGCAUGUUUCUCUACCUUUUGUUUUAUUUCAUUUAAAAAGUAUAAAAAUACAAUUAAAUUUGCUGCAAUUGUAAAUGAAAAUUAGUGAUAUUAAUGCUAAAAGAUGGUAUGCACUAAUAAGCUUCCCAUUUGAAUCCCAUUUACAUCAAACUAGUUUAACAGAUGUUCCCUGUUAAGAAAUGCUUAACCAUAUUUAAACAUAUUAAUUGCAGCAAAUAUCAUGUGCAAUAAAUGUGAUAUUUUGUUAUUUUUACCACCAAAAACAUGUAUUUAUUUUGUAACUGUUUGUUUUUUUAUUUUGUGCAAUAAAACCAAUUUAGAAAACAAGA